GAUUGCGAACGGUGAAAGUUUUCGAAAGUGUUUUUUACUCAAGUGAAAAAGUGAUAUUUUAAAUAUGAUUUUCGGUAUCUUCAAAGGGGGCUUCUUCAAAGCACAGUACAAAAAUCAGCUGUGGGCGUCUUUAAGUGUAACUUUGAUAUCCCUGGCCCAUGGUAUUGGCUUGGGUUGGCUGUCGCCCAUGUUAACUAAAUUGCAAUCGCAAACGGAAACACCUCUAGCAUUCACUGUCAACAUUGACGAGUCGUCGUGGAUUGGUGCUUCGAUAAGUGUGGGAGGACUUUUGGGAAACCUUUUAUUUCUUUCUAUAUUUGACCGUUUCGGUCGCAAAGCAGCCAUCUUCGGACUGGCAUUUCCCCAUAUUUUUCUGUGGAUACUAGUGUACUUUGCCAAGUCUGUGGAAUACUUAUAUGCGGCUCGUGUUUGCGCAGGUUUAACAGGAGGAGGAAUUUACAUCGUUCUGCCCAUAUUCAUCGGCGAAAUCUCGGAUUCAUGCAUACGUGGACGGCUAACGUCGCUUUUUUCACUUACCCUGAACGUAGGCGUACUUUGUGGCUUCAUUCUAUCUUCUUACGUUCCCUAUGAUGCCAUACCAAUGGUGGUUUUACCUCUGCCCUGUGUAUAUGUUUUGGCCGCCUUGUAUUAUCCGGAAACUCCCCAAUAUCUUAUACGGAGGGGUUGCUACUCGAAAGCUCAAAAAUCAUUCUUAUUUUACAAAAACGUGCUCGAUGAGGGAAGUGCUUCAGAUAAGUUAGAAGUUCAAAACCAAUUCGAUGAGCUCAAAAAAUCUAUAAUGCAACAACAAAAUCAGAAUGAUAAUUUCACCUGGCGAGAUAUUUUUAACAAAAAGUCGCUGGUAGCGCUCAGUUCGGGUGUUAUUCUGAUCUCGGUAAAUAUCUUCUGUGGGGUGUUUGCUCUUGUCAACUACAUGUCGAGUAUAUUUACGGCAAUAAAGACAGAGUUGGAUCCCGACAUCAACACUAUAAUUGUAGGUGUGAUACAGGUAAUCGGAACAUAUACUGCUACUAUUCUAGUCGACCGGUUUGGUCGUAAGAUACUGCUAAUUGUAUCAUCAUCUGGUAUGGGUAUUGGACUAGCGGCAUUCGGCAUUUAUGCUUUCUUUGCCGAAGAAACCAGUGCGGAUCUCUCAGCAUACAGCCGUUGGUUACCACUUCUGCUUAUGGGUAUCAUAAUAUUUUUGGCAAACGUUGGCAUAAUUUCCGUCACUUUUGUAGUUCUGGUCGAGAUUUUACCAUCAAAGAUACGCUCCGUUGGAUCCUCGUUUUGUCUGGCUCUCUUGAGCGCAUUUGCGUUUGUACUUUUACUCAUCUUUCCGCUGUCAAUGCAUUAUUUUGGACUUUCGGCUACCAUGUGGUUUUGCGCUACAGUGUGUGCCUUCGGCUUAUUCUACAUCUCUUUGUUCCUGGAUGAAACCAAAGGUAAAUCGAUGGAGGAUUGAUAAUGCUACUAUGAAAUUCCUAUACAUAUUACAGUCAAAUAAAAUGAAAAUCUCCACAUGUAUAAGAGAAACUGUGUACUGGUGUUAAUACAAAAUUCUCUCUAAAAUCGAAUUUGCAAAAUGCUACUUUAUUUAUUUAUUUAUCCAAAUUAUACUUUAUUUAUCCACAUUAUACUUAUAGUAUAAUGUAAGAUUAGUAGGACGGAAAAAAUAGCAUUGGCUACUGGGGCCUUCACCUAAAUAUUUAAUUGCUAUUAUUGUGGAAUUCUAGACAAACAUUGGGUUAUGAAGUUAAAAA